AUGGGAUAUAGAUUCCACCCUACUGAAGAAGAAAUCAUCCAUCAUUAUCUUGAAGCAAAGAUGAGGGACGGCACUGAUUUCUCUGCAGUAAUGAAGGAAGUUGAAUUUUGCAAUUUUGAACCUUGGCAAUUGCCCGAGCAUUCGCCACUACCCUCAGACGAUCAAGAGUGGUACUUUUUCAGUAAAAUCGCUUAUAAGCAUUCCAAGAGUGGUAGCAAAAAAAUUGAAAGAACAACUAGGGAAGGAUUUUGGAAAGUUUCUGGUAAAGAUCGUGAAAUCUACGAUGAAAACAGUGGGCAACCAAUUGGUAAAAGAACAGCUUUGGUUUUCUACCAAGGCCACGGCUCUAAUGCCGUCAAGACUUGUUGGGUGAUGCAUGAGUUUCAUUCCGAGACCGCUUCUUCUUAUCAGGAGCCUUUUGUUCUUUGUCGCUUAAAAAGAAAAUCAGAUGAUGCAGAAAAUGAUAAACCAAGUUCCCGUUCGGCUUCUUCUUCACGAAACUAA